UUUUUGGGAUUCAACGUAGGUGAAUGAGAGAGGGAUUGCUGUUGAUAUUACGAGUCUGUGGACAAGAAGUCUGUGGACAAGAAGUCUGUGUGGACCAAGUGGAAGAUGAAGUUCGAACACCUACUCUCGGUUGUCAAUGGAUUUGGACGGUUCCAGAUUAUGAUCAUUAUCAUCAGCUUUAUUGGUCGAUUCACCCUGCCGUGUCACUUCCUGCUGAACAACUUCAUUGCCGCCGUACCCUCUCACCACUGUGACCUCAGUGCUCUGGAUGAUGGCAGCCUCUUUGGGAAUCUGACCCAGGAGCAGAGACUGACUGUCAGCGUUCCAGUACAGGAAGAUGGGACUCCAAGCUCCUGUAAGAUGUUCCCAGAGCCCCAGUUCCACAUCCUGUCCAACUCCAAUGACAGUGAUCUAGUUACAGUCCCCUGUCAGAAUGGAUGGGUAUAUGACAACAGCACCUUCAAAUCCACUCUGGCUACAGAGUGGGACUUGGUGUGUGACCAGAAAGGGCAAAAUAAGGCGACAACAACCAUCUUCUUCAUAGGAGUGAUGUUCGGAGCUAUGACCUUUGGAAGCCUGAGUGACAGGUUUGGUAGGAAGCCCAUGCUCCUGGUGUCCUAUAUCUCUGGCAUGCUGUUUGGUUUUGCCAGUGCUUUCUCCACUUCUUUCAUCAUGUUCGCUGUGCUCAGGUUCUUCACUGGGUUCGGUAUCACCGGCAUCGUUAUCGUCUCAUCAGUACUCAGUGUGGAGUGGGUGGACAUUGAGCACAGAAAGCUGGUGGGAGUGAUUGACAGCCUGUCCUGGACGUUUGGUUACUGCAUGAUUCCAGCCAUAGCCUACUGUGUGACCGACUGGAGACAGCUGACCAUAGCGGUCACCUCACCUCUUGCUCUAGCCAUACUCACCUGGAGGUGGAUUCCUGAGUCAGCCAGGUGGCUCAUAGCCAAUGGGAAGUUUGAGAAAGCUAACUUUUAUUUGCAACAAUGUGCCCAGAUGAACCAGAAGGAGGAGUUUGGAUCCAAAAUUACACCAGAGACUCUGUCCAGUAUCAUUGUGACAGAGAGAAAAGACCGAAGUCACUCCUACCUGGACUUGGUCAGGACACCAAAGAUGAGGAGGCUGGCUCUACUAACAGGCAUAGUGUGGUAUGGUGUGGCAUCAACAUUUUAUGGCAUAAGCUUCAACAUCACUGGAUUUGGACUCAAUAUCUAUCUGACCCAGUUUGUGUACGGUGCCAUAGAGCUGCCAGCCAAACUAUCAGCGUACUACCUUCUGGAUAAGGUGGGCAGGAGAAACACAGAAGUGGGAUCUUUACUAGGAGCUGGAAUCUGUCUCGCUAUCAACAUCUUCAUACCCCGAGACAUGUCUGUUUUAAGGACGGUGGUGGCGGUGCUGGGGAAGGGUUGCUCGGCAACAUCCUUCACAACCGUUGUGUUGUACAGCUCUGAACUGUUCCCUACUGUGGUCAGGCAGAAUGGCAUGGGCUACAACUCAUCCAUGGGUCGUCUGGGAGUGUCUCUGGCCCCUCUGAUCCUGCUGCUGGACGAGGUGUGGAGGGACCUUCCACAGGUCCUCCUCUGCUCCAUAGCUCUGCUGGCUAGCCUGGUGGCCAGGAUGCUGCCAGAGACACGGGGCCGCUGUCUACCGGAGACCAUCCAGGAUGUCGAGGACGUGCGGACAGGGAAAGGUUUGGCUGGAUCCCAAGUUGUGGAAACAACAGAUAUCCCUCUCAAAUCAAAGGACAAUGAUGAGAUGGAAAAUGGAUACUAAGAUUCUUCCUGUAUAUAUUUUUGAUAUGCCCAAAUGUGCACCCUGUGGAAUGCUUUUGACAACUUGUAGAGUCUAUGCCCAACGAAUUCAGGCUGUUCUGAGGGCAAAAUGGGUGUAACUCAAUAUUAGGAAGGUGUUCUUUAAUGUUUUGUACACUCAGUGUGUUUGUUACACAUCAAAAACAACCUUCGAACCUCUCACUGAUCUUAUAAAAAAAGAUAAACGUAAUACAAGAGAACAAAAGAGAAAGAGAGCCUGAAGUGUGAAGCAUAAUUCAAGUGUUAUUCGUCACAUACAAAUUAUAAUUUACACUUAAUUCCAAUAUUACAUUAUCUUAUUUAGAAAAGACUCCUUUUCUGUUUCAUAUCAAUGAGGAACAAGAUUAUCUUUGAUAAUGUAUCAUAACUCUUUGUGCAUUAUUCUUCACCAUAACCAUUGGCAAAUGCAUGCAAUCAAUCUUUAAUAUUGAAUAUGAGCCUAUUGUUGUAUACACAUUUUAUACAGAACGGUUUUUCUUUAUUUAUACUAUUUUCUACAUUGUAGAAUAAUAGUGAAGACAUCAAAACUAUUAAAUAAUGCAUAUGGAAUCAUGUAGUA